UGUCUAGUGGAAAUAGAUCAUUCGGUGUUGAUGAUGACUACGACUACUCUGUAUUACAGAUGCCUUUCAGUUGCUUUAUAGUUUUCUUCAUAUAGAUUGUGCAUUGCAUCGGUUCGGUCAAGAAUUCACCUGGUAUUUAGUAACACAUUUCAUAAAGAGUUGAGCAACAUCAUACAUAAUGAUAUAUUUCGUCUACAGCAUAGUCACGAAUAAUUGCAUUAUUUUCAGGUUGGUGUAGAGAAAGAAAACACGUUUUCUAAAAAAUAGUACCGCUGCACUGUGACAAGAUGGGGUGUUGUGGUGGCAAAUGUGAAAACGUCCUAUUUAGAAAUGCGAAGAAUGGCGACUUUGUCCAGUCAGCGUGGGGUAAGAGCCGCGCUCCCUAUAUAGCGUUCCGUGGAUUCUUCACGCUGUUCCUGGUCAUCUUCUUGAUCUGGCAUCUGUACGACUCCUUCAGUCGCGACACGCUGUACUUCACCAAGGCCGACAACUGGGGAUACCUUCUGCUCGUCAUCUACUUCAUCUGGGCGCUCGUCCUCGCAUGUGUCGACUACUGGCGGAAGCAAUCGUCCACCGAAGUCAUUCGGCUGCCGAAAGUGGAAGAUAAUCUUGAGGGCCGCCUUCCCUGGUACUUCCAAGUUCAGUGGCUCCUCUUCAACGUCAGUUUCACUGUGGCGUUUUUCGUCCUCUUCGUGUACAAUGGCCUUGUCAUCAAGGGGACUUCUAGCGUCCAGGUAAAGGCCUUAAAACCAUUAAGUAAUGUUCGUCCUCGCCGUCUUGCUUGACGGGUAUAGGUCAGGGUAUGAACUGUGUCUGAAUCAU